AAAUCCAGUCCCUACAAAAAAGUAAGGCCGUCCUUCCGCACAUGUACUGAUACGCCAUCGACGACCUCCAAGCCAAACAUCCCCACCCAGCCUGUCUUUCCAGCCUCCAAAUCUCUCUCUCUCUCUCUCCUCACUGGCCAGUGCCCACCUGCUAAAGACGAAGGAGACAACAUCUGAGUCCCAUUUACCUCUGAGUUUCUGCUUCUUGGUCUCUGUAUUUUCUUCCCAAAUUUGACUUGGGUUUUCUGGAAUUUGUUACUUGGAUACUUGAGAGAAUUCCUUCACUAAUUGGGUUGUCAGGUUGUUCAAUUGGUGGAUUUUAGUUGGUUUUCAUUGAGGCAGAGUUUAGUGAUUAAUUCCUGUGGAUUAUAUUCUUGUUUGAGACAUUCAACUGUUUAGAGGUUGAAACUGAUGAAGCUUUGGGUAAUUCUGGUAUCUGAGUCUUUCUCUGAGUGCUGGUUUCAGUGAUGGGUUGUGUUUAUUCAAAGUCCUGCAUUGGUGAGAUAUGCAUACCUAAAGAAGUCAGGGUUAAGGAAAGAGAAAAUGUCCGGGCUGAGUUUCCGGUGUUCUCACCUGAUUCUUCACAUGGAGGAGCCGAACAUGGGGAUGAAUUUAAUGAGCUCGGUGGAAAUAGGGAUUGUGAAGUAGGUAUCACAAGGCUUUCUAGGGUUUCAGGUCAGUUCCUGCCUCCGGAAGGGUCACGGACGGUAAAGGUUCCGUCGGGGAAUUAUGAACUACGGUACUCAUACUUGUCUCAGAGAGGGUAUUACCCUGAUGCCCUUGAUAAAGCUAAUCAAGAUAGUUUUUGCAUCCACACUCCAUUUGGGACAAACGCUGAUGACCAUUUCUUUGGGGUUUUCGAUGGGCAUGGAGAAUUUGGGGCUCAAUGCUCACAGUUUGUGAAGCGGAAGUUGUGUGAGAAUUUACUCCGGAAUAGUAGUUUUCGCAUGGAUGCAGUUGAGGCGUGUCAUGCUGCAUUCUUGGCAACAAAUUCCCAGUUGCAUGCUGAUAGUUUGGAUGAUAGCAUGAGUGGGACCACUGCAAUUACCAUAUUAGUUCGUGGUAGGACACUCUACAUAGCUAAUUCUGGUGAUUCUAGGGCUGUAAUAGCUGAGAGAAAAGGGAAUGGUAUUGUAGCUAUUGACUUAUCGAUAGAUCAGACUCCAUUUCGGGCAGAUGAACUUGAACGGGUUAAGCUUUGCGGAGCAAGAGUUCUGACUUUGGACCAGAUUGAAGGGCUGAAGAACCCAGAUGUGCAGUGUUGGGGUACUGAAGAGGCUGAUGAUGGUGAUCCUCCUAGACUUUGGGUGGAAAAUGGGAUGUACCCUGGUACGGCCUUUACAAGAAGUUUAGGUGAUUCUAUUGCUGAGUCAAUUGGGGUUGUUGCAAACCCUGAAAUUGUUGUUUUGGAGCUUACACAAGAUCAUCCUUUCUUUGUAAUUGCCAGCGAUGGGGUGUUUGAGUUCCUUUCUAGCCAAGCCGUGGUUGACAUGGUUGCAAAAUACAAGGAUCCACGCGAUGCUUGUGCUGCAAUUGUUGCUGAAUCUUAUAGGCUUUGGCUGCAGUAUGAAACUCGUACAGAUGACAUUACUGUGAUAGUUGUACAUACUAAUGGGUUGACUAAUACGUCUGUUGGCCAGGCAGCGAGUCCAAGUGCCGUUUUACGUCCACCUGUUCCACAAAUUGUGGAGGCCACAGGGUCAGAGUCUCCUUCAACACUAAGCUGGAGUUCUAGGUUCAACCGUGCUAGGCAUGAUUUAUCACGGGCACGGCUCCGUGUUAUUGAAAGUUCUCUAGAGAAUGGGCAAUUAUGGGUUCCUCCAUCUCCAGCUCACAGGAAGACCUGGGAAGAAGAAGCACACAUAGAGCGGGCAUUAAAUGAUCACUUUCUAUUCAGAAAAUUAACUGAUUCUCAGAGUCAAGUUUUGCUGGAUUGUAUGCAAAGAAUCGAGGUUCAACCCGGAGCAAUUGUAGUGGAACAGGGCGGUGAAGGUGACUGUUUUUAUGUUGUUGGUAGUGGAGAAUUUGAGGUCUUGGCUACUCAGGAAGAAAAAGAUAGAGAGGUUCCAAGGGUUCUGCAACAGUAUACAGCAGAAAAGCUAUCAUCCUUUGGAGAACUUGCACUAAUGUAUAACAAACCACUCCAGGCUUCCGUCCGUGCUGUGACCAGUGGAACUCUUUGGGCUCUUAGAAGGGAAGACUUUCGAGGAAUUCUUAUGUCAGAGUUUUCAAAUUUGACAUCCUUGAAGUUGCUUCGAUCAGUAGAUCUUCUCUCGAGGUUGACGAUCUUACAGCUGAGUCACAUUGCAGAUUCUCUUUCAGAACUUCCUUUCUCUGAUGGGCAGACAAUAGCCAAUAGGGAUGGAGCUCUUUUAGGAUUGUACAUUAUCCAGAAGGGGACAGUUAAAAUUUUUGCUGAUCAGGAAGUGAUUUAUAAACCAAACACCGGCAGUCUCAAAUCCAACAAAUCAAGUCAUGACAAUGAGAUUCAGAGCAAUAAAGAGCUGUUGGUAGAGAAGAAUGAGGGGAGCUAUUUUGGUGAAUGGACUCUUCUUGGUGAGCACAUUGGCUCAGUGAGUGCAGUUGCUGUGGGUGAUGUAAUAUGUGCUGUUUUAACAAAAGAAAAGUUUGACUCUGUCGUUGGCCCUCUGUCAAAGCUUUCACAAGAAGAUCACAAGCCAAGGGACUAUGCCUUGAACUUGUCCACGGAAUCCAAAGGUAUUGAUCCUUCUACCCUUGGGAAGGUGAACAUUUCUGAUUUGGAGUGGAGGACGUGUUUAUAUUCUACUGACUGCAGCGAGAUCGGGCUUGUAGUUCUCAGAGACUCAGAAUAUUUGCUUAGCUUAAAAAGGUUUUCAAAGCAUAAAAUCAGAAGUCUUGGAAAGGAAUCAGUGGUUCUAAAAGAGAAGAACCUAAUGAAGAGUAUAAACUCUUCAGCUGGUGUGCCACAGAUCUUGUGUACUUGUGCUGAUCAAACCUAUGCUGGCAUACUUUUAAAUACACGCAUUGCUUGUCCACUUUCUUCAAUUCUUCACACCCCACUUGAUGAAGCAUCUGCUCAAUUCUGUGCUGCCUCUGUUGUCACUGCCUUGCAAGAUUUACACAAGAAUGAGGUUCUUUACAGAGGUGUGUCUCCAGAUGUUCUAAUGUUUGACCAGGAAGGACAUUUACAGUUAGUGGACUUCAGAUUUGGGAAGAAGCUGCCAGGUGAAAGAACCUUCACGAUAUGUGGCAUGGCAGACUCUUUGGCUCCGGAGAUAGUCCAGGGGAAAGGUCAUGGUCUCCCUGCUGACUGGUGGGCACUGGGAGUCUUGAUCUAUUUCAUGCUACAAGGUGAAAUGCCAUUUGGUUCGUGGAGAGAAAGUGAGCUCGAUACAUUUCCAAAGAUUGCAAAAGGACAGCUAACUCUGCCCACGACUUUGAGCCCUGAAGCUGUUGAUCUCAUAACCAAGAUCCAUUCGUUCAGUUACUUGAAGUUGAUGAAAGUACAAGACUUGGAAGCCAAGGUACACACUAUGUCAAAACUCAUCCUUGGUUUCAUGGUGUCGACUGGGAAGGUAUUACAAAUGGUAGCUUCCCUAUUCCGCUUGAGAUUACCUCUCGUAUAGCUCAACACCUGGAAACACAUUCCGAAGACUUUGGAGCUUCUCCUUCGCCAAAUCCAUAUGUAGAACAACUCAAUACUCCAGAAUGGCUUGAAGACUGGUAGAAUAACACUCACAGUUGUUUCGACUUUUCAGACAACGGUGUAGCUUUUCACCACCUUCAGCAUGGCUGAUUCGAGAAGGCUGCUCCUUUGAGCUAAUUUCAAUGCAAGAAAAGUGGUGUGAAUUCGACGACUCGAUUUUUGGUGGCUGGGUUUUUGUGGGGUCAGUGAUAAUGGUACAUUUCUUCCGGUAUUUGCUUCUGCUAUUUAGCUGAUUAAAUGGGUCAGUGAAUAGAACUUUUAUUUUUUCAUUUCUUUCUCGUUUACCCUGGCUCCUGUAAAUACAUAAUUAUGUAAAUGAAGGUUUAUUUUUAGUGUUUUAUAUAUGAAAUUUUAGUUGGUUGGAA